AUGACACCUUUGACCCGACUCCAGGCGAGAAUCCAGGCUUCUGUCUCAUUCGCUCCUCUGAGACGACCUACCUUCAAAUCGUACGGCCGACGUUCCUAUGCCAGUGGCAAGAGCAAGACUCAGCAGACUACGCAAUCGAAACAGGAUGGUUCUACCGACUACCCGAUCCCUUCUAAUAAUGCGAAACCAACGCUUCAAGAUAGCCGACAGUCGCCUAUUGCCGAUCAUGAAGGUCACCUUCGUGAGGACCUGCCCGAGGAUGUGAAGAAGCACAAUAAGGAAAUGGAUGAACGCUACGAUAAGCCAUAUAAUCACAUUACGGAUGGGGGAAAUGUCGAAAAAGGAUGGAAGAAAUAG